AUGACAGAACCUAAAAAAGAAGCUAUUGAGGCAAUGUCAGAAUGUGGUCUAAGACCAAUGGAGUCUUAUAGGUAUAUGUCAACAGAAACUGGCGGAGACGACUGUGUAGGUCAUACGAUGAUUGAUCAUCUAAACUACUGCUACAAGUUAAAAAUGAAGCAAAUUGAUGGCAAGGAUUCACAAACACUAGUGAACAAACUGUAUGACAUACAAUCAAUAGAUCCCGAGUUCUUUUUCAGAGUAAGACUCAAUGCUGAAGGAAAAGUUGAGUGCCUAUUUUGGAGGGAUUCUAUGAUGAGAGAAGAUUACAAAAUAUAUGGAGAUGUUCUAGUUUUUGAUGCUACAUUCAGAACCAAUAAGUACAAUCUCAUAUGUGCUCCAUUUGUUGGUAUCAAUAACCAUUGGAAAAACACAAUGUUUGCUUGUGCUUUCAUUGGGGAUGAAACCACAGAAUCUUUCGUUUGGGUGUUUGAAACUUUUCUGAAGGCUAUGGGAAGAAAGCACCCUAUAUCAAUUUUCACUGAUCAAGAUGCAGCUAUUGCUGCUGGAAUGGAACAGGUACCUCUUCAUAUAUUAUAG